AUGUCCACCUAUACUGUUAACGUAUCUGGAAUCGCCCCGAGCACAACCCAGUCUCAACUCAACGACUUCUUUACUUUCUGUGGAAAGAUCGCUUCGAUCAACUACAAUGAGAAGGAGCACACUGCAGCUAUUGCGUUUGAGAAACCCAACGCUGCGAAGACUGCGCUCAUGCUGAACGGAGGCGCUUUGGACGGUGCUAACCUCGCGGUGACCUCGGAUGUUGUUCACCAAGAUGAGGAUCAUCACCCCACUGCGACUGGCGAACGUCACAUUGAACAGUCAGACAAGCCUAGGGCAGGCAUUGCUGCCGAAUAUCUCGCUAAGGGAUACGUUUUGUCGGAGCAGAUUCUCCAUCGCGCCAUUGAGAUAGAUACCAAACAAGGAAUUUCGAAGCGCUUCCUAGAUUACUUCCACUCUCUCGACAAAUCUGUUGGAGAGCGUGCUUUGGGUCACGAUCAAACGAUUUCUAGCAAAGUCCAAGCAACAGUUGACCAUGCAACGCAGCAAGCAAGAGCUGUUGACGAGCAGAAGGGUUACACCAAAGUCGCUCAUGACUAUUACACGAAGGCUCUUGCCUCUCCCUUUGGUCAGAAGGUCGCGUCUUUCUACACCGACACCACUAAGCAGAUUCGCGACAUUCACGAAGAAGCUCGUCGUAUUGCAGACCAGGAGAAAGCGAAGCAUGAACAGGCAUCUACUCCACCAGCAGGAUCUGCUGCCGUUCCUGACCCGAAGACUGAAGCUGCGCCUACUGUUGUCUAG